GUUGUAAAAUGUGUUUUGUGUUUAAUAGUUAAUUAUUUUUAUUAAAUAUUUAAAAUGAGUGACAUUGAACACAAUUUAGUAACUGUUGGUGCGAGCAAAGAAGGCAGCCGAAAAAGAGAAACUAAAGUAAGAAAGAGGGUUGAUGAAAAGAGAAAGGUUCUUGCAACUCAAAAGCUUCAACACAUAGGGUAGAUGGGGGCACAAUGAAACAAGGGGCACAAUGAAACAGUGGUUGUUUCCUCCAUAUUUGAAAUAACAGACUGGUGGCACUAGUGGUGGUUGGGAUCUGUACUACAACAUAGAACAUUGGAGCAAGUAGAAGAUGCUAUCAUGUAUUCUAUGGAUAGCAUGCGACUUUAGUUGUUUUGGUAGCUCAAAAGUAAAAAUUUUGUAUUUAUGUUAAUUUUAUUUUACAAAUAUUGUUUUGAAAACAUGUGUUUGUUGAAGAGACUGUUGGAAAGGGUGUAGAUCACUUUUUAAUCAACAUAACAUCAUGGUUCGAAACAGAGUGAGAAAAACGGAAAAGGGAAACUUUUCCGAAGGUAACAUGUGUGAAGCUGUUGCGUUAGUUCAAAAUGGUUUCAGCUUGCGCAAAGCUGCGACUGCCAAAGGACUAAAAUAUGCAACACUUUGUCGGUAUGUGAAGAAGAAAAAAUUAGCUGGCCCAGAGGUAAGCAUUAGGAUGUGCCCACAUUAUGACUGUAGAAAGGUUUUUACCAAAGAGCAAGAAGAUGAUUUAGCGAAAUAUUUGUUGAAAUGUUCCAAGAUGUAUUAUGGCUUGACAACAAAAGACUGUAGACAUUUAGCUUAUGAAAUGGCAAAUGUAAAUGGAAUAACCUGUCCAAAGAAUUGGGAAGAGAAGCAUUUGGCAGGCAUAGACUGGUUUUCAAAUUUUAUGAAGAGGCAUCCUGAUAUAAGUCUUCGGUCUCCAGAAACAUGCAGCUUGUCAAGAGCUACUUCUUUCAACAAAAUGAAUGUGAAUUUGUUUUUUGACAACCUUGAAAAAGUGUACAAAGCACACUCUGAAUUUGCUGAUGGAACUAGAGUGUUCAACCUCGAUGAAACAGCUACAUCUACUGUCCAAAAACCGCAGAAAGUCUUGGCUGAAAAAGGGUCGCGGCAAGUAGCAAAAUGCACGAGUGCUGAAAGGGGCACAACUGUAACUACUUGUUGCAUUGUAAGUGCUAGUGGAAACACAGUUCCUCCUGUAAUGGUAUUUCCCAGGGUGCAUUUUAAACAACACAUGAUAAAAGAUGCUCCAGCUGGUACAUUAGGACUUGCCACACCCUCAGGGUGGAUGAAUUCAGAGCUUUUCAUUGAAGUCAUGAAGCAUUUCGUUCGCCAUACGAACAGCUCUAAAGAUUCUCCUACAUUACUUUUAUUUGAUAAUCAUGAGAGUCACUUGUCUCUUGAAGUGAUAAAUAUUGCCAGGGACAAUGGGGUAACAAUUGUAACCUUCCCUCCCCAUUGUUCCCACAGGUUACAACCUCUGGAUGUUGCUGUAUACAAAGCAUUCAAGUCGUUCUACAAUGCAGCGGUUGAUACCUGGAUGAUGCAACACCCUGGUAACACACUGACACUAUAUGACAUAGCUGGCAUCGUGAAAAUCGCUCACGAAAGAGGCUUGACACCAGGAAACAUUAUGUCAGGUUUCCGAAAAUCAGGAAUUUACCCUUUUGAUCGACAUAUCUUCACAGACAAAGAUUUCCUCUGCAGUUUUGUCAGUGACAGAGCACCACCUGAACAGAAACAACAUGAGCAAACUCUACCAACAACUUCUCUGCAUUCUACAGAAAUGGACUCAUCAGCAUCCCUUCAGUCUACAGAAAUGGUUGAGCUUUCAAUGAAUGAAGCUGCAGAUAAUUCAGUUGUUUCUGAAGCUGAAAAAGAAUCUGAGCAAAGAAUCACACCUAACAAAAAUGCCUAUUGGACAACUUACAAAAGCCCAGAGUUGUUCAAGGGUUAUCCGAAAGCUGGCAACCGGAAACGAAAAUGUAAUUAACUUAAAAAACAAAGCAUGAUUGCCACUAGUACUCCAGAGAAAAAUAAACUUAUAGAAAAGAAGAAGCUGCUUGGAAAGAAAAGGAAUGUGACAAAAAAGAAAAGAAGAAAAGCUCUGUUCAAGGCACAUCCUACUGAGUCCACAGACGAAGAUAGUCCAAUGGAGGUUCCUUACGCAGACUCUGAAAAUGAUGAAGAACGUAUUGAUGAUCUGAGAGAAGAGUUGUGUCCUAAAAGUUUUGAAGACAUUGAGUGUAAACCCAUCAUUGGAAAUUUUGUUCUCGUCGAAUAUGAUAUUCCGGGAAAGAAAAGUAAUUUCUACAUAGGAGAAGUGAUGAAGGAUAAAAAUACUGAGAAUGAUUAUGAAGUCAAUUUUCUUCGUAAAAGCAACAAAAUGGCCAAUAAGUUCAUAAAACCUCAAAUCGAAGAUAGAGCAGCAGUCAACAUCUCCCAAAUACGAUAUGUUUUCUCAAAACCCACAUGCUAUGGGCAGACAAAGAGACAAAAGGGUUAUCUUUCUUUUGAUUUUGAGUUUUCACAUUUGAAUAUUAAGUAGGUGAAUUGAAAGCGAGGUCUUCUAAGGACAAAUAUUUAAUUUAAUUUUGUUGUAAUGUGUACAUAUCUUGUAGUAGUGUCAAAAUGUUUUUCUACUGUUUUAUUGUAUUCACAGAAAUAAUGUUUCAUUGUGCCCCUUAAUGUGUUUCAUUGUGCCCCUAUCAUGGGGCACAAUGGAACAAAUGCAGUGGGGUAGAAAAUAUUACUUUGCUAAACUGUUUGUGGCUUUAUCUUCAAUUUUGUGUUUUAAUUUGAUAACCUAUUCAUACACAAGUAGUGUAAAAUAUUUUCUGUUAAUAUCCAUGCAUAAAACUUUGUUCUUUUCAGCUUUGUAACUUUAUUGUUUCAUUGUGCCCCCAUCUACCCUACAACCCUUAUCGACACAAUAGUAAGCACUUUAAGUCAAUCAAUUUUCCGUAAUGACUUUAAGUAGGUACUUAAGGAACACACUUUUAGUGACGGAUAAAGCUCAGGAUAACUUCAUUUCAAGUUUUAUUGAUGUUUUCCAAGUAAAACGGCGCAGACCAUUGGCCACAAGCACUAACAGCCCAAAAUAUCAGUAAGGAAGAGACUUUUCAAAAUACGUUCGAUUGAGGUCACCUGCGUCUGAUGACAAAAGUUUAAAAUCUAAUAAAAAACUGCCCAGGAUACACAAACCAAGGUUCAGUAAAUAAUUCAAAAACUUUAUGCUAAUGC